GAGAGAUUCGGUUCUCCCCUCCCGCCGCGUCCGACGACCCCCCUCGGGAGCCCAAGUCCAAGGACCAGGACACGAAGAACCCAGAACUCUGGCCCCCCUCGAUAGUUUGUAUUUUUCCCUUAUAGAUUUUUGGGGGAAAUUAUACCCUAUUUGUGUUUCUCCAAACGCCCCCUCUGGUAGGGAAUCAGGGCACUGGGCUUGCUCUGACCCCAUCUCCACUCAAGCCCGGCUCUGGUCGUCCUUGCUGUGACUCAAACCUUCCUAACAUGGACUUUACUCCUCGUGUUUUAGGGCACUUUACUCUUGGCAUUCACCUUCACACACCUUAGGAUCUUCAAUAGCAGUUCCUCACGAGUGAAAACAGAGACCUAAGGGAGGCUCCAGUGUCUCCCAACACCUGUUCUCAGCAGUCCAGAAUUAUGGGGCCAGAGGGUGGGCGGGGGCUUGGAAGAGUGGGCAAAGCAUUGCCCUUGCUCUCUCACUGGGGAAUUUCCUCUACACCCCUUCCCCCUGGACAUUUGACGCAGCCUGACCACCUGUUCCCUCACUCAGGUUUUAUUGAGCACCUACUGUGUGCCCAGUACUGUGCUGGGUUUGAGGAUAACAAAGAACAGGACCAACACGGCCCCUGCCCCCCUUAAAUGGAGCUUACACUCUAGCAAGAGAUACUCAGUGCACCCACAAACACUCUUGAGCAAAAGAUGAAGAAACUUUACAGAGUGAUAGACACUAUAAAGAAAACAGGGUGAUGCGAUGAACAGUAAAUGCCAGGAAGAGCAUCACCCAGGAGGUAACAAAGGAGCCAGCUUCCCAAGACCUUGAGACUAAAACACUCCAUCCAGGUAAGGGGAGGCUCCAAGGUGGGAAUGAGCUUGACUGGCCAGAAAGGACGGCCGGUCAGCAUGGCAGGUUGCCAGGAGCUGAGGCCGCAGCAUCUGGCCUCUACAAGCCUAACUUUUAGUCAGAGGAUGUGGAGUGGUAAGAGCACUGGCUUCGCAAUCAAAGGGUUUAAGUUCUAAUCUUGCUUUGACCCUGGCUGUGUGAAUGUGGAGGAGGCCCUGUGCCCCCCUGGUGCCUCAGUUUCCAGGUCUGCAUGUCCAAGCCUACCUCACUGGACUGUUGUUGAGUCUAUAAAGAAAGCCGUGGGCUGGUGGGAACAACAAAAUAGCAGUUCCCUUCUCACUCUCCCCUCGGUAAUGAAUACCCCCUCCAUUAAGGAAAGCUCACAAUUUUGCCAGAAGUCUUUAUGCCUUAUUGACAACUAUGAUGGUUAGGAAAUUCGGCUGUAAAUUGGGAGGAAAUGACCUCCCUUGGAGGCCCCAAUCCUUUCCUCCUCCUCCUCUCCCCCUCCCACUCUCCCCCCUUCUCCCUGCCACACAGGGCCCUGGGAUUGAGGGCCAGAGCCUAGGACCUUCCGUCCCCACCAGAGUCCCCAGACCCUGGAGCUCUGUCUGGCCACUGGGAGCGUAACGCUGAGGUUGAACCAUUCUACCUACCACAGUGAGCCACUCCCUUAAUUACUAUUAUUUCUAAGCGCUUCGUAAAUCCGAGCCCUCCCUUGGGCGGUUUACGCUUCCUGAGCUCAGCGCCACGUCGCGGAGAGUCCUGGUCAUUGCCUCCUUCUUGGCCCCUCCGCGCACGAAAACUCCCGAGAGCGCCGAGCUGGGUCCGGGAACUCAAGCUCGGGAGCAUAGCAGCCACCACCGGCCAGCGCUCCGGGGCAAAGAGGACAGAGGGCGGGAGGAAAACCGUUGGCGGAGAGCUGUGUCUACCCUCCCGGCCAGCGUCGGGAGCCGCCUCGCCCUAGGCCUGAGGAAGAAGUGGAGGGUAGGCGUUGGCAAGAUUUCUCGAGAGCCUCAAGAAUUCGCGAUCGUAGCCAAGUGGCCCCAGAGUGACCUGGUACCUCCAUCACUAAGGGUCUGGACCAGGGAGGGCGCGUUCUGGCUCGGAGGCCGGGUACGCCUUGCCCGGCUCAGGCCCCCCAAAAAAGAAAAAGCGGAGUCAGCCUCAGCUGCGGCGGGCGCGGGACAUGGGCCUCAGCAGUUUCUAUUGUGAUCCCCGAGGGCUGGGGCCAGAUUGGCGGCUGCGGGAAAGGCCUGGGCUCCCCAGGGGACACCAGAACUGACCGCGGCCUGCCCGCUGACUCAGCGCCCCCACCCCGCGGGAGAGAAUGCGCGGAGGGGGCCAGGCCCGGUAUAAAGCCCCGCGCGCCCAGCCCGCGCGCAGCCUCUCGGUUUUCCGACAGCACAGCGCUCACCCCACCGGCGGCAUGAGCAGCGCCCCCGCGCCGGGUCCGGCGCCCGCCAGCCUCACGCUCUGGGACGAGGAGGACUUCCAGGGCCGCCGCUGCCGGCUGCUGAGCGACUGCGCGAACAUCGCCGAGCGCGGAGGCCUCCGCAGGGUGCGCUCUGUCAAGGUGGAAAAUGGAGCUUGGGUGGCCUUUGAGUACCCCGACUUCCAGGGACAGCAGUUCAUCCUGGAGAAGGGGGACUAUCCUCGCUGGAGCGCCUGGAGCGGCAGUGGCGGCCACCACAGUGACCAGCUGCUCUCCUUCCGGCCAGUGCUCUGCGCGAAUCACAGUGACAGCCGUGUGACACUGUUUGAGGGGGAGAACUUCCAGGGCAGCAAGUUUGAACUCAGCGAUGACUACCCAUCUCUGCCUUCCAUGGGCUGGGCCAGCAAGGAUGUGGGUUCUCUCAAAGUCAGCUCUGGAGCGUGGGUGGCCUACCAGUACCCAGGCUACCGAGGCUACCAGUAUGUAUUGGAGCGGGACCGGCACAGCGGGGAGUUCCGUACCUACAGCGAAUUUGGCACCCAGGCCCACACUGGACUGCUGCAGUCCAUUCGAAGAGUCCAGCAUUAAACUCCACAGCUUGACACCUCCCCUGAGGACCCUCAAUAAAGGCUCCUGAACCUGGC